UUUCUCGCCCGUUAACAGACGAGCUCCUCAGUGCAGGAGCCACACAUCAUACAGGUGGCUAGCUCGCUCGCUCAUCAUAGUCCGCUCGUCCGUAGCUCUGCGAAGGAGAGCGGGAGCUCUUGCUCGUGUGGUCGAUCGACCGGGAAUAAUGGCAGGCGGCGGCGAGGCGGUGCCGUUGCUGGGGACGAAGCGGAGGCGCGAGGGGUGCCCCGGGUGCCGGCUGGAGGAGGCGAACAAGACCAGCACCGGCGUCCCCUACCUCAACUUCUUCUACAUCUGGAUCGUCUGUCUCACCUCCACCCUGCCGAUCCAGUCAUUGUUCCCAUAUCUCUACUUCAUGAUCAGAGACCUGAAAAUAGCAAAGCAAGAGCAAGACAUCGGGUUCUAUGCUGGUUUUGUUGGGGCAACUUAUUUCCUUGCCAGAACCUUCAGUUCUGUUCCAUGGGGCAUAUUCGCCGACAAGUAUGGAAGGAAGCCCUGCAUUGUGAUCAGCAUCCUCUCAGUGAUUGUGUUCAACACACUCUUUGGCCUUAGCACAAGUUACUGGAUGGCAAUUGUGACUAGGGGUUUGCUUGGGUUGCUCUGUGGUAUACUGGGGCCAAUCAAGGUAACUUACUGUCUCAAUUGCUGGCCCCAGUUAGCGAACUACAGUAGGUAUUUAGAUGCUCAUGGAUGCAUAUGUAUUUUCCAGGCCUAUGCUACGGAAGUCUGCAGGAAAGAGCACCAAGCUCUAGGAAUAUCUCUUGUUACCUCAUCGCGAGCGAUAGCUCUUGUUAUUGGACCAGCUAUUGGUGGGUUUCUUGCACAGCCUGCAGAGAAGUACCCAAAUAUUUUCUCGAAAGAAUCCAUAUUUGGGAGGUUUCCGUACUUCCUCCCAAGCCUUGUCAUAUCGAUACUAGCAGCAGUGUCAUGUAUUGCAUGCAUAUGGCUUCCGGAAACCCUGCACUUCCACGAUGAUGAAAAAGUAGAAGCUAUUGAUGCAUUGGAAGCACAAGUUGCUGACUCGAACUUAGAAGGUGGAAAAUCUAAAGAAGCUAGUGGCACAUCUACAAAGAACCUGCUAAUGAACUGGCAAUUGAUGUCAGCAGUAAUCCUCUACUGUAUCUUUUGUCUCCAUGACACAGCUUAUCUUGAGACAUUUUCGCUCUGGGCAGUGAGCAGCAGAAAAUUCCGGGGUCUGAGUUUGACCUCCCAGGAUGUCGGUACUGUGCUGGCUGUCUCAGGUGUUGGUGUUCUGGUAUAUCAACUUGUUGUUUAUCCUUUCCUUGUCAAGUAUUUCGGAGUAAUCAGGCCAUUACGCCCCGCAGCGGUCUUGUCUAUACUUCUCCUCACAACAUACCCCUUUAUGGCCAACCUACAAGGGACGGAGCUCAAAAUACUAAUCAACGUAGCUUCGCUCUUGAAGAAUGUGUUCUCUGCUACGAUUACUACUGCGUGCAACAUUCUGCAAAACACCGCAGUGACUCAGGAACAAAGAGGUGUUGCGAAUGGCAUCUCUGUGACUCUCAUGUCAUUGUUCAAAGGUGUGGCUCCAGCGGCAGCAGGAAUUCUGUUUUCGUGGGCUCAGAAGCACAUGACUGGACUGUUCUUACCAGGUGACCAGAUCCUGUUCCUGAUGAUAAACAUGGUGUCAGUAAUUGGGCUACUUCUGACAUUGAAGCCGUUUUUCAACAUGUCGAGUGCGUUGAGGCGUUCAUAGCCAUGUACUGUACAUGUUAAACCAGGGGCACUGGUCAGAUAGCAGGCCUCGGUAUAGAACCUCGAGGAUUCAUGUACUAUACCGUCCCAUACUUUACGCCUUAUGUUCAAUUCUUUAAUCAGUGUAAAGGGGGCUCUCCGGAAUUUUUGUGUAAACUCCGAAGCACCAGAUGCUGCGUGGAUAUAUAUACAUAUAUGAUAAAAUGAGAUUGAGAUGAGCCCUGCA